AGAAGAAAAUGGCGUUUGACAACGGAAAUAAUCCACAACUAGUCACUAAUAAUGAAACAACAUAGUGAAUUUCAUGGCAACUGCCAAGAACACCAGGUCCAACACUCCAACUAUUUAUAAAGUCCACCAAGCAGCAUAGAAAACCCACUUCUCUCAUUCUCUUUUACUUCUCCUUUAAGCUCCUUUUGCUCUAAUUCCCUCCGCAAAUUAUGAUCCAUGUUGUUCUAGUACAAAAGAGAGAGAGAGAGAAUUAGUUGACAUAGACUGAAAAUGGGUAUCUGCUUUGGAUCUCCUGCUACUCUCCCUAACACCAUCACAACAUCAACUACAGGGACAAUUGAAAUUCACAGCAGGAAUAGAGUUUCACAGACAACUGAGACAAGCAGCAGCACAAUGAGAAGUCAAUUUUCUCAUUUUUCAGAAGCAACAACAUCAACACUAAGCCCAAGAUUUGAUGAUGAUCAGCAGUCAACGGAUGGCGAAAUUUUGGAGACAUCAACUUUGAGAGUCUUCAGUUUUGCAGAUAUGAAAUCUGCUACCAAGAACUUCAAGUCAGAUCAAAUUCUGGGUGAGGGAGGAUUUGGUAGAGUUUUCAAAGGUUGGGUGGAUGAGAAAACUCUUCAACCAUGUAAGGCUGGCACUGGAAUGAUGGUUGCUGUCAAGAAAUUAAACCCUGAAAGUAUGCAAGGUUUCCAAGAGUGGCAGUCAGAAGUGAACUUUCUAGGAAGGCUUUCUCAUCCCAACCUUGUCAGGCUAUUGGGAUACUGUUGGGAAGACACGGAGCUACUCCUUGUUUAUGAGUUCAUGCAGAAAGGUAGCUUGGAGAAUCAUCUUUUCAGAAGGAAUCCUAACAUUGAACCACUAUCUUGGGACAUUAGAAUCAGAAUAGCUAUUGGAGCAGCUCGAGGCCUAGCAUUCUUGCACAGUUCAGAAAAGCAAAUCAUAUAUAGAGAUUUCAAGGCCUCAAAUAUAUUGCUUGAUGGGAAUUAUAAUGCAAAAAUCUCAGAUUUUGGCUUGGCGAAAUUGGGACCAACUGGUGGAGAAUCACAUGUGUCAACUAGAGUUAUGGGGACAUAUGGUUAUGCUGCUCCAGAAUACAUUGCAACAGGUCAUUUGUAUGUGAAGAGCGACGUGUAUGGUUUCGGUGUUGUGCUGCUUGAAAUUCUGACAGGGUUACGAGCACUCGAUACAAAACGCCCUAAGGAGCAACUUAAUCUGGUGGACUGGGCUAAACCACUUCUUCCUCAUCGAAGAAAGUUAAAAACGAUUAUGGAUGCAAGGAUGGAGGGCCAAUAUUCCUUCAAGGCAGCAUUACAGACAGCAAAUAUUACUCUAAAAUGCCUGGCGCCAGAUCCUAAAAGCCGGCCUUCCAUGAAAGAAGUCUUGGAAGAACUGGAACAGGUUCAGGCAAUCAGAGAAAAACCAAAGCCAUCAUUACUAAUUACCUCUAGGCAAACUACUUCUAUUACUCGAUCCUAUGUACUUCAAGAGCCUGUUCGUCGUUCUCCGCUUCACUCCAGGUACCAAGCCACUGCGUGAGAUGAGAAUGUCAAUCAAGCACCUGAGAAGACCAAGUGUUAAGGUUGGACUCUCACAAAUCAUAAUUGUAUGUUCAAACAUUGAGACUAAUCAGAAUGUUAGAACAGUCGAUCACCUUUUGUUCUUUUAUUUCCCAUGUUGAUUUUUUAUUUUUUGUAGCCAUUGUUUUAGUUCAUAACAAAUUUUGUUCAUGUAGACAGCACUUCUGCUGAAUCAGAUGAUAUAUUGUUCUAUAGACCA